AUGCGUUCUCCACAAAGAGGCUGAGACAGCCCGAUGACACGGUCCCUUUUCAGCUGUUCACUGCACGCGCGUGAUCCUCUGGGGUGGACCUUAUUACGCUCGUGAAGUUACCCAAGCGUUCCCGGUUGAGGCGCGCGCCCACUUCAUCUCACUUGAGCAGCGCAGUUAGCGCGCGGCUUUUCUCUCCUCCGUGCGCCCCGCGAGUCACCGGACACCGCUGACACUGACCCCUGUUCCCGUGCGCCUGGCUCCAGGGUCCCCCGGGGUAACGACGUAUUUUGUGUCAGACGCCGUCUCCGUGCUGGUUAUUAUGGGGUGUGUCUGUUGCAAGCAGAAGAAGUCCGGCAAAGCAGCACCAGCAACAUCAGCAUCAGUAGACAUUACAGAUCUGUCUCCUAGCAACGCAGAUGGAGGGUUGUCCACGGCCCUGAGUCAGGGCCGUUAUUGUCCCGACCCCACUCAGAGCAUCCCAGACUUCAACAAGGGCUUCUCAUCGAGCAACAUCUUCCCCAACACCAACACACACCAGCGCUCUGGCAUAACAAGUGGUGGAGUCACUCUUUUUAUAGCUCUGUACGACUAUGACGCCCGCACCGAAGAUGACCUUACUUUUCAGAAAGGAGAGAAAUUCCAAAUCAUCAACAACACAGAGGGUGACUGGUGGGAGGCCCGCUCGUUGGACACAGGAAACUCAGGUUACAUCCCCUCCAACUACGUAGCUCCUGUCGACUCCAUACAGGCUGAAGAGUGGUAUUUUGGGAAGAUGGGGAGGAAGGAUGCGGAGAGACAGCUGCUGGGCCACGGCAACCAGAGGGGAACUUUCCUCAUACGAGAGAGCGAGACCACCAAGGUGCUUACUCUCCUGUCUAUCCGUGUGACUGGGACGGACAACAAGGGAGAACAUGUCAAGCAUUAUAAGAUCCGCAAAUUAGACAACGGUGGCUACUACAUCACCACGAGAUCUCAGUUUGACACUGUGCAGCAGCUGGUCGAGCACUACACAGGCAGUAAUGACGGGCUGUGUUAUUACCUGACCAAGCCCUGUCCCAACUCCACCCCACUCACCAUGGGCCUUGGGCGGGACGCCUGGGAAGUGUCCAGGGAAACGCUCUCAAUGCAAAGGAAGCUGGGACAGGGCUGCUUCGGGGACGUUUGGAUGGGCAUGUGGAAUGGUACCACCAAGGUAGCGGUGAAGACUCUGAAGCCAGGGACCAUGUCCCCUGAGGCCUUCCUGGAGGAGGCUCAGAUCAUGAAGAGACUCCGCCAUGACAAGCUGGUGCAGCUCUACGCUGUCGUGUCUGAGGAGCCCAUCUACAUUAUCACUGAGUUCAUGAGCCAAGGAAGUUUGUUGGACUUCUUAAAAGAUGGGGAAGGGCAGAACCUGAAGCUGCCUCAACUGGUGGACAUGGCUGCACAGAUUGCAGCAGGAAUGGCAUACAUCGAGAGGAUGAACUACAUCCAUCGUGACCUGCGAGCCGCUAACAUCCUUGUUGGAGACAAUCUGGUGUGCAAGAUCGCUGACUUUGGCCUGGCUAGGCUCAUUGAGGACAACGAGUACACAGCCAGACAAGGGGCGAAGUUCCCUAUCAAGUGGACGGCUCCAGAAGCUGCACUGUAUGGACGCUUUACCAUCAAGUCAGAUGUCUGGAGCUUUGGCAUCCUACUAACUGAACUGAUCACUAAGGGACGGGUGCCAUACCCAGGCAUGAACAACCGUGAAGUGCUGGAGCAGGUGGAGAGGGGCUACCGGAUGCCCUGUGCCCCGGGCUGCCCCUCCUCGCUCCAUGAACUGAUGGUGCAGUGCUGGAGGCGGGAGGCCGAUGAGAGGCACACUUUUGAGUAUCUGCAGUCCUUCCUGGAGGAUUACUUCACCGCUACAGAGCCGCAGUACCAGCCCGGAGAAAACCUGUGACCACACACAUAUAGGACAGAUGUGUCUCAAUACACGGACAAACGGAAAGAGAAUGAAUGAUAGAUAGACAGGCAGACAUGGAUAUAUACAUGCAGAUACACUGAUAGACAUGUACAAUGACACACACACACACACACACACACAGCACACACAUACUAAGAUACAUAUCAUUGCCUUGUUUAAAUUGUUUAAUGACAGUUUCCUCCUUUUGGUCAUCAAUCGCUGCAGCCCGUUCAGGACAGAUCAGUCAACCAUGUUGAAGAGCAGAGUCGGAGCUCUGCUGGUCAGGCCUUGCAGUAAUGUUGCUUUACUCUGUAACCAUGACAACAAGGAACUGAAAGAAGAUGUAGAUGGUUGUUUCGAGGUGGGGGGAAGUCGAGUUGGUAGAUGAUCUGUUCAGCUGCCAUAUAUGUUCAGGUCCUUUGAUCUGUGUCUGAGAAGAACGAUUCAGUCAGGCAGUUUGUUGACCUGAGAUAAAUAUAUUGAUAUAGAAAUGACAGAAGGUGCAACAGGUUUCAAACAACAAUUGGAAUAGUGCCUUUAAAAAAAUUUCAAAAUGAACCUCAUGAACCUGAACCUCCUCUUACAAACAGACUAUAAAAAGGCUGUUGAACUAAUCCAUGUCCAUCAUCUGAUUUCAAACUUGCACCAACAUGUGCCUUAAAGUGUCCAUAUUGAGGGCUGUUUUAGAUUUUAAAUACCUUUUGAUACUGUGUUAGUAAAGUCAGAGAGAUGUUAAGGAAUGCUCUUUGUUUAUCUGUUCAUUUUUAUGACAAUUUUGUAUGAGCUGUCUCUUUUGUUGUUUUAAUUUAACUCAAAUAUAUAUGUGCAUCACAGACUUCUAUAUCCAGUUAUUAUGUAUACAGUUUUCAUCCAUUGGGAGGGCAGGGUGAAAUGUUAUACAUAAAGGGGGGAAGAUUGAGGUCAGUGGAAUAUGAAAGAUAGUAUUUUAAAUGUGUGUAACCUUUAUGUUGAAAUUCCCCUGUCAUGUUAUUGUAAUAAAGACCAAAUAUCUUUUUCCGGUUUAA